GGAAGCGAAGGACAGGGGGAAGGCUCAGGGACGCAGGAUGAAAGCUGAGAAAUGACCGCAUCAGGGACUUGGGAGAGAAAUCACGACUCCGUAAACAAAAAUGCAACUGAAAGAGAGAAAAAAAAAUCAUAAAAUAAUGUAUGUCUAUUUAGCAAAUAAGUAUGCCGUAGUAAAUGAGCAGAACCCCUCAAAAAAGGUAAUUUUCUUUCCGUUUAUGUUUCAUUUGCACGCUUUGUCCUGUUAGGUAGAGAGCAUUUUUGAUUCGAUUGUCUGGUCGUCACUUCGCAAAAACGGCAAGUCACUGUGCUGUGCUGUGCUGUGCUGUGCUGUACUGUACUGUACACACCCUGAAUUACUGCGAAUAAUUACCUCACUGUCAGGAUCUCCAUCACCAGCACACUAAAAUGGGCAGGUGUGUCCGCUGUGUGUUUGGUUAAAAAAUGUAACAAACCGUCAUCUCAUCGGAUGAGACUGUGUAAAUACAACAUCGUAAUGUAAAUUUACAUUUUUCUUUCUUCCUCGUGUGGCGUAUUCCAGUCGGCGUUUCGCGGGUUACGAGAAUAAAGAAAGAGCGCGUGCGGGGGGCGGGGGGAGCGCGUGCAUGUGCGGAGGAAGGACGGGCGCGGAGAAAUGCGCGUUCCCGGUCGGAGCGCUCCGUUCGGCUCCUGGACGCACAUGGGCGAUGCGCACCUCCUCGUAACGGACCGCAGAUAACACGCGGUAAAAACACCGUAACACUUCUUGAGCAGGGUAGACUAGAGUAGAGUAGAGCGUGCUGAGCGUCACCUUUCCUCACUCACACUGGGCGCGGCGUUGGUCCAUUUUCACACCGACUUCCUCCACUUUCACAUCAGAUGUGAAGGAGGCUUGAAGCAUCUGCUCCUCCUGCUGUCAGACUCUGAGUGAUGCGCAGUGUCGCCAGGUAGCCCGAGGCAAGGCGCGUGCUCACCUCCGCUGGAAUAUUAAUGAAUCAGUGUUGAUCGGUCCUCGUGGAAACUGACUGAUAGAUUUUAUGAGAAUAUUUGACAGGAUGCAGCUGUGGUGCAGACUUUUUGAAGGAUAUUCAUAAGGACUUCUUUCAGUGGAUAGAGAAUGAUGUCAUCCCCAGGGUUGGGCACCCCUAGUGACCCCCUCCUGACCAGUCCAGGAGGGGGACUGGGCACAGCCCACGAUGGAGUGUGGAGAGGAUCCAUACCCAAAACCUCCAGCUUCCCAUCGUCCACCACUCGCCACCUGAGCCACCGUGCGAACAACUUCCAGAGGCACCCGAAACGGCGGAAACUGAUUCGACCCUCGCCGCCCCCGCCCCCCAACACCCCCUGUCCGCUCGAGCAUCUGGACCUGAGUGAGCUGCCCCCACGGCGUUCGUUCUUGGAGUUGCUCUGCAAUGGCUGCAUCCUCUUCGGCAUCGAGUUCAGCUACGCCAUGGAGACGGCGUACGUCACCCCUGUGCUGUUGCAGAUGGGUCUGCCGGACCAGUUCUACAGCCUGGUGUGGUUUAUCAGCCCCAUACUAGGAUUUUUGGUCCAGCCUAUUCUUGGUGCUUGGAGUGACCGGUGUACAUCUCGCUUUGGCCGCCGGAGACCGUUCAUCCUGGCUCUAGCAGUUGGGGCUUUGAUCGGAUUAACCCUGGUGCUGAAUGGACGGGACAUUGGAACGGCGCUAGUGGACGCUGCGGAUACUCACAAGUGGGGCAUUGUGCUGACCGUAUGUGGCGUUGUUUUGAUGGACUUCAGCGCUGACUCGGCCGAUAACCCCAGCCAUGCCUACAUGAUGGAUGUUUGCAGUCCAGAGGACCAGGACCGUGGUCUCAACAUCCAUGCUCUCCUCGCAGGCUUGGGUGGAGGUUUCGGCUACGUUGUGGGCGGAAUUAACUGGGACCGCACAGAGUUCGGAAAAUCGAUGGGAGGUCAACUGAGGGUUAUCUACCUGUUCACCAGUGUCACGCUCAUUGCUGCCACAGCGAUGACCCUCACGAGCAUCCCAGAGCGCCCCCUUGCCCAGACUCGCGCCUCAAAGAGCGCCAGAAACACACUGAAAAGUCCAAACCUGCCCCUUCCGCCUUCACCCCCCGUCGUCCCGGAGGCAGGCAAGGAAGAAGAGGCGGAGGAAGAAAGGCAGGAAGGUUUUCACAGCUACCAAAGCUACAACCCUCAUCGUUGCGAGCUUGACCCACUGACGCACUCAGCCAGCGCCGGGGCACAACUGUGCGCUGGCCUCGUGAGCCCCAUCUCGCCCCUUAGCCCCCUCACCCCCAAGUAUGGCAGCUUCAUCAGUCGAGACAGCUCCCUCACCGGCAUCAAUGAGUUUGCCAACUCUCUCGGGACGUCCUACAUCGACAGCGUGCUCAUCGACUGCUACACGGGGCAGCAGACCCCGCAGGCCCCGGACCCGGAGAGCGCGGUGCAGGUGCUGCCCCCCGGGGACACCCCCCCUUCCCAGUGUCCGCUUCGUCCUGGGACCACGGGAAUCCUGAAACGGCCCCAGAGCCUGGCGCUGCUCGAGGACCCUUUGCUGAUGCCCUGUGCGGGGGCUGAGAACGGCUGCAGGCGUACGGUGACCUUCAGCCAGCAGGUAGCAAACAUACUUCUGAAUGGGAUGCGGUACGACAGCGAUCUGAGUGACCACGCGGACACCACCGACACACAGCUGUCUAUGAAGCUGCUCUGCAUCGCCAUCUACAGGAUGCCUCCGUCGUUGCGCAGCCUCUGCACCAACCAUUUUUUGGGGUGGCUGUCCUUUGAGGGCAUGUUGCUCUUCUACACUGACUUUAUGGGAGAGGUGGUGUUUGCUGGAGAUCCAAAGGCCCCCCAUGACUCUGAGGCCUACAAGCGCUACAAUGCUGGGGUCAGCAUGGGCUGCUGGGGAAUGUGCAUCUACGCAUUCAGCGCUGCCUUCUACUCAGCUAUUCUUGAAAAGCUGGAGGAACGUUUCUCUCUACGCUCCCUGUACUUCUUCGCUUACCUGGCCUUCGGGCUCGGGACGGGCCUGGCCACGCUCUCCACCAACCUGUACGUGGUGCUGUCCUUGUGCGUCACCUACGGAGUCCUCUUCUCGUCCCUCUGCACCCUGCCCUACUCCCUCCUCUGCGAAUACUACCAGUGCCCACAAUUCUGCGGCUCUUCGGAAGACGGGACGAGGCGGGGGAUGGGUGUGGAUAUCUCUCUGCUCAGCUGUCAGUACUUCCUGGCUCAGAUCCUGGUGUCCGUGGCGAUGGGACCUCUGACCUCCCUAGUGGGCGGGGCCCAGGGGGUGAUGUAUUUCGCAAGCGUGAUGUCAUUUGUCGGAUGCAUAUAUUCGUCACUGUUUGUGGUGUACCAGCUGCCCCCGGCGGAGGGUGAGCCCCCACAGAGCGAAGCGCAGCCCCUGCUUGUGCACAUCUAGAGCCCCCCGCCUUGCGUGAUGCACACUUACGUUCCCCUUUUGUAGCGGGAGCGCAUGCAUUUAGAUAUUGAAGGCUGCGUGCGUGUGUGUGCAUGGACAUCUGUGUAUGCUCUCCAUCUUUCUACAUUUGUGCAUUUUGUGUGUGUGAGGUACAAUAAGUUACGAACAAGCGUGUUGCCGAGUGUGUCCGGAGGUGUUUACACCUGGCUCACCUUUGUCUGACAGGUGAGUCACCUCGGGAGGGUGAGCGUACUUGUGGGAAUGGCUCAUGUUUACUUUCCGCUUCAUCUUCCUGUCCAAAGCAAUAUCAAGACCUUUGGAUUCUUUGCUGGAAACAACACAGCCAAUCAUGGUAAAAACAGAUAAUGGCGGAAAACGUGUUUGAAAGCCUUUUUGAAAUUUGUGGUGUCUCUAAGCGAGAAAGCGAAUGGGACGCAUCUGCAACGUAAGGAAUGUUUCGGGGGGUCUGCAUGAACCUUUGAUUAAUAUCAUGUAAUUGAGGUAGAGCUCAUGUUCAAGAAUGUGUGUGUGUGUGUGUGUGUGUGUGUCUCUACCUCAUAGCUGCUGCACAAGCUCAGCUGUCCUCUUGGGGUUUGAGGACGUCUCGUUGACCUUGCUGCUAACGCCUCCGCACACAGGUUAAUACGCACGUAUCCACGGCUUGAAAGUACGCACCGCACCAACAAGGCUGCCAAACACACGCAUGAUCACACGGAUCACAGUUUUGGAAGAAGUGGGCUGUGGGGAACUGUUGCUACGGUAACCAGUGAGGAGCAUUAAUCAGUCGAUCAGAGGAGCUUUUGACCUUCCAAAGGUGAUGUGCAUUCCCAGGGGCUCUUGUGCGCACGAGAACAGGAUUUAGGAUGCUUUUUUUCCCCCCCUCAUAAGUCCGUGACACCUGACUGUUCUGGAGUUUACACUGCAGAUGUUUAACUAGAAACCCGUGUCUUGUCAUGGGUUUCACAGGUGACAUUUUCAUCUUUAGUUGCUGGCGAACUGUGUUCUUGAUGAACCUCAUACUAUCUGUGCUUCCAAGGAUCAGAGAAAAGGACGUGAGAAGUAAACCACCCGAGAUUGAAAACCCUCUCAAAAAAAGGAGGAAAAUUGUUACUGAUGUUCUUUGGAGCCCAGAGAAGAGCCAAGGCUGUGUGUGUGACAGGGACUUAGGAGGACGCAAAAGCACUUUCAGAUGAUGGUCAAACCACUUCCCAAUUAUUGCACCAACCCCCUGGAAUGCUCACUGAAACGUCUUGAAGAUGCCCCCCCCCCAAUACUGCACACCUACUACCUACCCUGCUUUAGCUGUUCUGCUCAGUUUUGCUUACAUCCAUGCAGCUUUAGGAGAUCCACUCUUCCUGGAAUGUUUUCCACGUUGACAGCAGCCCUUAUAACAAUGGUUUGGACCUGUCAGUCAAAUGGAAAUAAAAGAAGUGUAUCAUGCUCAACUCAAUAUUAUAUACAGCAAAGGCCCCUGAUUUCAAUUCCAUCCAUUAAAAGCUUUUUCCUUUACACAGUAAAGAAGUUAUUUUUCAGUUUUAUAGCUAUAGCUUUUUUUUUACCAGCAUGAAUUAUUUAAAAUUUC